AUGUCUCUGAACGAAGUCUGGGAGGCAUCCUCCGCAACUCCCUUCUCCCCUCUUGUCUCUAAAGACAACCAGUUCGCCGUCGGCUUCAAUCUGCUCGUGCUUGCAAUCCUCUUGACUGGAUUCUUCGGUCUGAACCGGUCUUUCCUGACCUUCACGACGUUGGGCGUGCCGGCGUCCGCUUUAAUCGGAUUUGGAGCUGUGUUCAUGAUCUGCGCCGUCGGAGUCUAUGUUUAA